AUGCAAUUAAAACAAUUAGGCAGGAGCAAAAUGUGCUACUUGCAUGAGCAUCAAGAAUUUGAUAUGUGCAUAAAAUAUUUGUGUGUGGACAGCCAAUGCACUCUGUAAUUCAGAGCAAUGUGUACAGAUUGUUAUAAUAAGUUGCAUUAAGGACAUCGCGUAAUUGAUUUGAUUGAAGCUGAACGAAUGGCGCAUCAGCAACACCAAGAGCAUUUAGCAUAAUUUAAGUUGCAUAUCAUCAAGCUUAAUGAAAUACUUUAACACAGCAUUAAGACGAUCAAAUCUCAUGUUAAGAAAUUGCAAGCGCAAUUCAAAAUUCUCAUUGAAUAGGAGUUGGAGAAAUUGCAUCAAGAUCAUCUCAAACCUCCUAUUGAUCUUAAUGAUUUUGCUGAGCAAUUACUAGAGCAUCAGAAUAUCGUCUCCUCAAAGCCUUUGUAAAUUUUAACAAAAGGAGUGAAAUAGCUGUUGUUGAAAUCUUAUUUUUUAACUUCAGAUAUUUCUGUUUUUACAUUCAAGGAUUAUAUCACUCUUUCAGAUGAAUCAUUGGUAUAAAUCAAAAGGUUUGAUAUCGUACAGAAAGUACUAUUUGAUUAAAUUACAUUUAAUACUAACUCCACUGAAGCACUUCAAAUUUUCAACAAUCAUCCUCAGAAAAUCAAAUGUCCAGGACUCGUCCAUAUUUAUUCUCUUGAUAUCAAACAAGAUGGCACUCUUAUUGCAGUUGGAGGCCAUCCCGACACCCUCCUCUUAAUAGAUCCAAUCUCAGAAAUCAUAGUGAAAACCUUCAAAACUAAAUUCCUAGAAAUCUUUGCUGUUAAAUUCUCCUCAGAUGGACUUAGAUUAGCGGCAGCUGGUUCAUGUCCAUACGAAAUCUAUGUUUGGAAUUGCAAUGAUUUCGAACAAAUUCCAAUAAUCUUAAAAGCCUAACAUCUUAACUAAAUCAAUAGAUUAUAAUUCGUCUCAAAAUGUUUGUACACUGCCAGCGACGAUUACAAACUUAGAGUCUGGAAGUUGAAGAAGAAUGGAGUCAAAAAUUAUAGAGAGUAUAUAGGACACUGGGAUAGUGUGUAUGGUUUAGCUAUCAAUAACAAACACGUUGCAUCUACAGGUAAAGACAAGACUUUGAUUGUGUGGUUCGAAGGCAAGAUCUUAAAAUAAUGGAUGGCUCAUGAUGCUGAAUAUGGAGGGUAUUGUGUUGAAUAUUCUCUUGAUGGGAAAUUACUCAUAUCUACUGGCUAUGAUAAAAUUAUUAAAUUCUGGAACACAGAACAUGAUUACAAGUUGAUCAAACAAUUCUCAUCUCAUGAAUAACCAAUAUGGACACUAGGCCUCUUAAACAAUACAGAAUUACUAGCAACUGCCAGUUGGGAUAAUACAAUUAAAAUUUGGGAUAUUAAAAGUGGAAAAUGUCUAUACACUCUUGAAAAUCAUUUUCAUUCAUCUCCAUGUUUAAAUAUCAAGCGUUAUCCCUUGUAAUUCUUAGCUACAAAUGAGGGUGGUUUCAUUUUGAUAUGGAAUUUGUGA